CCCGAGAUUAUCGUCGAUCCCCCAUCCCCCCCUGGAAACUGUAGGCGGCGGUCCGCGAGGGUCGAUUCCGAUGGCCGGCGACGACGACCUCGCCGCCCUGCGCGAGCAGAUCUCCCUCGCAUCCUCGGCCGCCAUCUCCGCCUCCGACCUAGAUCACGCCUUCCAGCUCCAACUCGCCGAGGCCAUCCAAGCCUCCCUCCUCGUCUCCGGGCCCAAUGCCGCCGCCGCCUCCUCAUCUUCGUCGCGAGCCGCCCCCGCGCUCCCCGUCCCCGAGUCCUCCUCGGACGCCGCCUACGCCUUCGCGGUUCAGGCCGCCGACCUCGCGUGCGCCGAGCAGGACCGCCGCGACGCCCACGCCCGGGCCGCCGCCUCCUCCUGCGUCGCCGCGCACGACGCCCUCUUCGCGCGCGAACUCGCCGCCAUCCCGGAGGACCAGUGGGCCAACGACGGCGACUACUUCGAGCGCCCCCUGUAGUCGGACAAGUCGCGCCGCUCGCUCUUCCGCGUC